UGGGACUUCCGGCGCCGCUGUUGUGGCAGUCACUGUGGCUGCUCCAGUGUCCACCCGCGUUACGAGUCCUUUAGAAGAGCGAAGUCAGGAUCGGGGUGACCAGAGCGAGGAGGCUUUAGGGGAGAGGUUGUCCCCACUGCACAGCGGCGAGUCUGCAGGGCCGCGGCGGUAGAUGACGAUUGUACACGAGUUCCGUCUCUGUCGCCCACCACCUAAGACCCCGCUCCUCCCAGACUCCGAUGGUGGCGGCUGCGCCUAGGGACCCGCCUCAGACUCCCAUGACUACAGAAGUGCUUAUGGACUGUACAAAGGGCUGUGUGACCUUUGAGGAUGUGGCCAUUUACUUCUCGCAGGAGGAGUGGGGGCUCCUUGAUGAGGCUCAGAGAUGCCUGUACCACAAGGUGAUGCUGGAGAACUUCGCACUUACAGCCUCAAUGGUUUGUUUGCAUGGAACAGAGAAUAAAGAGACACCUUCUGAGCAAAAUGUUUCCCUAGAAGCUUUGUCACAGGUCAGGACUCCAAAGGUAGGUCCAAUCAGCCAGAAGGCUCACCCCUGUGAGAAAUGUGUCCCAAUCCUGAAAGACAUUUUGCACCUGGCUUACCUACCUGGGCAGAAACCAUACUUGAUUGGGGCAUGUGCAAACCUACGACAGCUUCAGAAGCAUUUCAGUGCAAAGGAAAGUGGCAUGGAUAGGGCAUCAUUUGUAAAGAGUUGCAUAUUCCAUGUGUCAGGGCAUCCCUUCACCUGUAGGAAGGUUGGAAAGGAUUUCCCAGCCACUUUGGGUCUUCUCCAGCACCAGAUCACUCCCACUGGUGAGAAACCCAACAAAAUCACCAAGUGUUGGGAGACCUUUCAUGGUAGGAAAAGUCAUUACAAGUUGCGUGAAUGUGGGAAAGCUUCCAGCUACAAACAGAGUCUUGUUUACCACCCAAGAGUCUCUACUAGGAAAAGGGUUUAUGAGUCUAGCAAAUAUAGGAAAGCCUUGCGCUGUAAGUACUCACUUGUUCAGCUCCAGAGAGUCCACACUGGAGAAAGGCCUUACGAGUGCAGUGAAUGUGGAAAAUCUUUUAGGCAAAGAGCCACCCUCAUUAUACACCAGAGAGUUCACACUGGAGAAAGGCCUUAUAAAUGUGGCGAGUGUGGAAAAUCCUUUAGUCAGUGCUCCAAUCUUAUUGAACACUGCAGAAUUCACAGUGGAGAAAGGCCUUAUGAGUGUGAGGAAUGCGGAAAAGCCUUUGGGUGCAAAUCCAAUCUUGUUCGGCACCAGAGAACACACACUGGAGAAAAGCCUUAUGAGUGCAGCGAAUGUGGGAAAUUCUUUAGACAAAGCUUCACCCUUGUUCAACACCGGAGAAUUCAUACCACAGCAAGGCCUUUUGUGUGUGUCCAGUGUGGGAAAUCCUUUAGCCAAAGAGCCACUCUCAUUAGACACCAGAGAGUUCACACUAGUGAAAGGUCUUAUGAGUGUGGGGCAUGUGGGAAAGCCUUUGGAUCCAAAUCCAAACUGGAUCGGCACAACAGAAGUCACACUGGAGAAAGGCCUUAUGAGUGUGCUGAAUGUGGGAAAUCUUUCAGACAAAGCUACAGCCUCGUUGAACACCAGCGAAUUCAUAGUAGAACAAGGCCCUUUGAGUGUGGCCAGUGUGGGAAGUCCUUUAGCAGAAGAGCCAUCUUCACUAAACACCAGAGAAUUCACACUGGAGAAAGGCCUUAUAAAUGUGGCGAGUGUGGGAAAUCCUUUAGUAGAAGCACCAGCCUUAUUCAGCACUGCAGUAUUCACACUGGGGCAAGGCCUUAUGAGUGUGGGCAGUGUGGGAAAUCCUUCAGGCAAAAGUCUGUCCUUAUUCAACACCAGGUAGUUCACACUGGAGAAAGGCCUUAUGAAUGUGGCGAAUGUGGGAAGUCCUUUAGCCAGCGCUCCAGCCUCAAUCUCCACCGAAAAUUUCACACCAGGGCGAGGCCCCAUGAACGCAGGAAGUAUGGGAAAUCCUUUACUCCAAACAGCUAACAUUGUUUAGUACCAGGAAGUCCACACUUUGAGAAAGGCCUUAGACCUCAAGGAAUUGCUGUCUCCUCGUUCAUUAUAAUAGCACUAGACAGCUUCUGUGAGGGAGCCAUCUGCCUGAAAUUGAACCUCAUACUUGCAAACAUCCAGAGGGGCGAAAUUCCCAAUGAGUUCCAGGGACCUGUGAAGCUUACAGGAGCUACAUUCCAUGUUCUAAACUCCCCAGGGCCCUUGUCAGAGUUACAUCUCUGCCAUUUUCUCUGAUAGAACCCAUCUCACCUCUCCUGCCUUGCACAGUAUUUCAUCGGUCACCCUGAUGUGCUAACACAAGGCAGAUGUCUGAGCUCUCUCCUAUUCCCU